GAUACUUAUCCCGAAAAACCACCGUUUAACGAGCUUGUUAGUACAGCAUUAUCAUCUAAAGCUCUUACAUGCGGGUCCACAAUUGAUGAUUUCCACCAUAAGGCAAAGUAAAUCCAAAACACAUCAAUCAACCCAUGGGAAAUUUACCUUCGAGCAGAAUAACCGAGGCCAGGGCAUUUGCAGUGUCCGGUGUCGACUAUGCUGGUCCGGUUUACGUCAAAGAAAGGCAUCGCAGAGCAGCACCAACGAAAGCAUUUGUGGCAGUGUUCGUGUGCUUCGUGACACACGCAGUGCACUUGGAGCUUGUAUCGGAUCUGAGUACGGCUGCAUUUAUCUCCGCGCUAAGAAGGUUUGUCGCUCGGAGAGGUCUGGUAUCAGAACUAUACUCAGACAACGGAACCAACUUUAAAGGCGCCUCGAAUGAACUGCACCAGUUGUACCAGCUCCUUCAAUCAACCCACCAUCGAGAAGCCGUAACUACCUGGAGUGCUGACAAGGGAUUCAAAUGGAAGUUCAUACCGCCCCGUGCACCGCAUUUCGGAGGUCUAUGGGAGUCAGCUGUGCGGUCCAUGAAACACCAUCUCCAGCGAGUUCUUGGAACAGCAUCUACAUCGUUUGAAGAUUUGGUGACGUUGUUGGCAGAAAUCGAGUUAUGCCUGAAUUCUCGGCCAAUAACACCGUUAUCACAUGAUCCAUCUGAUUUGCAAGCACUAACCCCAGGUCACUUUCUUACUGGUUACCAUUUGCAGGUUAUUCCUGAUAUCGCAUUGAAGGACAUUCCGGAGAACCGUUUAAACCACUGGCGCGUGGUACAAAAACGUUUGCAACACUUCUGGGCGAGGUGGAGUACCGAGUAUUUACAACAGCUCCAUGCCAGAAGCAAGUGGAAUUGCGAAGCAACCGAGAUCAAACCAGGAAUGUUAGUGAUAAUACGCGAAGAUAAUGUACCCCCUUUGAAAUGGCCUUUAGCACGAAUAACAAAUAUUCAUCCCGGUACGGAUGGUGUGGUUAGGGUAGUCACAAUGAAAACGGCACAAUCAAAAGAAGUAAAGCGUCCUGUAACAAGAAUAUGCAUCCUUCCCAUUGACAGUAAUAGCAAACAUGAAGAAGAAAACACAAUAGAUGAAAAUAAGCGGAGCGAAACUUAAAAAAAAACGUUUUUUUGGUGGGCGGGAAUGUCGGCGCCUACCGUUAGGCAAUUAGAUUUCAGUAAUAAUUUGUGCGUAUGUGUGUAAUUUAAGCAAUGUAAAUAUGUAAAUGUGAAUAGGGAACUAGGAUAGAUGUAAGUGAAUUAUGUAUAAUAUAGAAAUUAGUCUAAGUUGA